AUGAUCGCGGUUAAGCUACCGGUCGGGAAACGCAAGGGACGGUAUGAGGAAUUUAUGAAGUUGUUGUCCGACGACGUGAUCAGCUAUUUCGGUAGAGGAAUAAUGCUGGGGAUACCAAAUACAGGUGACCUGGAUGACGAUGAUGAUAAAAUUAAAAAAGAGAUGGCCGAAACAAUUGGAAUACCAGAAAAUCAUGUUUGGAUCUUCAAAAAUUACACACUAGAGAGCCAUGAGGAAGAUGUGGACAGAAGUAUAGAACUCCUUGAUUUCAUUUUGCAUUGCCUAACAGUUGUAAAGGAAAACAAACAGUUUCGAAAUAGCCAGAAAAAAAAAAAACAGAAUCCAAAUAUCCAGACAGAGAACCAGCAGAUUCCAAGUAUCCAGACAGAAAACCAGCAGAUUCCAAAUAUCAAGAAAGAAAACCAGCAGAUUCCAAAUAUCAAGAAAGAGAACCAGCAGAUUCCAAAUAUCCAGACAGAAAACCAGCAGAUUCCAAAUGUCAAGAAAGAGAACCAGCAGAUUCCAAAUAUCAAGAAAGAGAACCAGCAGAUUCUAAAUACCCAGACAGAAAACCAGCAGAUUCCAAAUAAACAGACAGAAGACUGGGGCUGCAAUAUUAUUUAA